AGUUCUCUUCCCACCACCAUUAAUGCGACUUAACCCUAAUUAAUAUCAUUUGCAACCAAAAAAACAGUACUACGUACGUACGCAGCAAAUUAGAGAAGAAGUCGUCAUGAAAGCCAUUGCAGCUUUUUUCUUGCUCUGCGCCCUAAUCUUUGCCUUCGGGCCGGACCAAAUUGCUGCGGACAUGGAUCUAUCGGCCAACACCACCGAUCUCAUAGAACGUGCCUGCAACCGCUCAAUUCACAAGGAUUUUUGUGUCAAUACCCUAAAAUCACACUCGAAAAGCAAAGAUGCCGACCUGAGCGGCUUAGCUUCCAUUGCAGUCACGCUCGCUUACCAAAACGCCACCAACAUAUUGGAUGAACUACAUUCGUUGGGCAACAAUGACACGAGCGCAGAGCCUUCCAUCCAGCAGGGCGUAGAAGAAUGCAAGGAUUAUUACUUGGAUGCAGCCGAGCAGCUCGAGAACUCCCUUUCUGCUCUCUCGCAGAAGGCCUACCACGACAUGAACACUUGGCUUAAGGUAGCGGUGACUGAUGCCGAUUCAUGCGAGGCUGCAUUCCAGGGACAGAAGUCUAAGAUGUCACACAAGAAUAGGCUUUUUCGCAUGUUAGCCAACAAUGCCCUGACCGUCGUGAAAGUCUUGGUUGAGAAUCAGUGAGUAAUAAUAUUAUUGCAUGCAUGUGGUGUCUUAAUUUGGAGUUUGGACCUAAUUAAAUUACUCAAUCUUAAAUUUCUGUAGCAUUAUAAUUUCUAUACAUAGCUGAGAUAAUGUGUCAAAAUUCUGAUUGAUUAUAAAGCCAUUUGGAGAUCUUA